AUGGCCGCUCCCUGCUACUUGGGCUGGGAUUUCAGCACGCAGCAGCUGAAAGUCAUUGCUGUUGAUGAACAGCUGAGAGUCAUUUAUGAGGAUAAUGUUCAUUUUGAUAAAGACCUUCCAGAAUUUAAGACUCAAGGUGGAGUCUAUAUUCACAGUGACAGACUGACAGUCACUUCUCCUGUGCUGAUGUGGGUCAAGGCUCUGGAUAUGAUUUUGGAAAAGAUGAAGUCUUCGGGCUUUAACUUCUCUCAAGUCAGAGCUUUGUCUGGUGCUGGCCAGCAACAUGGCAGUGUGUACUGGAAAAAAGGAAGCACCCAAAAUUUAAAGAAGGCAUCAUCCAAACUGCCUUUACAUCAGGCACUAAAGGAUUGUUUCUCCAUUAGUAACAGCCCCAUCUGGAUGGAUUCUAGCACAGCUUCCCAGUGUAGUGCUCUGGAGAAAGCUGUGGGGGGAGCACAGCAACUGGCAGCUCUCACUGGUUCUCGAGCAUAUGAGCGUUUUACAGGAAACCAGAUAGCAAAGAUUUACAGCCAGAAUCCUGAGGCCUACAUGCAAACUGAGAGAAUCUCUUUGGUUAGUAGUUUUGCAGCUUCCCUUUUCCUAGGAGUUUAUGCACCUAUUGAUUACAGUGAUGGUUCUGGUAUGAACUUACUGCACAUUUGGGAAAAGGUGUGGUCUGCAUCCUGCCUUGAUGCUUGUGCACCUGGAUUAGAGGAGAAACUGGGAUGCCCUGUACCAUCCCAUUCAGUCCUGGGGCCUAUUUCUCCAUAUUAUAGUCAGCGUUAUGGCUUUAGCCCAGACUGUAAAAUAGUAGCAUUUACAGGAGACAAUCCAGCAUCAUUAGCAGGGAUGAGACUUCAAGAAGGAGAUAUUGCAAUUAGCCUUGGCACAAGUGACACAUUGUUUCUAUGGAUCCAAGAGCCAACUCCUGCCUUAGAAGGUCAUAUCCUCUGCAAUCCUGUUGAUUCUGGAACGUAUAUGGCACUUUUAUGUUUUAAGAAUGGCUCUCUGAUGAGAGAGAAGAUCAGAGAUGACUGUGCUUCAGGCUCCUGGGAUGAAUUCUCCAAAGCCUUAUCAUCUACUGUUGCUGGAAACAAUGGAAACUUAGGUUUCUACUUUGAUGUGAUGGAAAUUACCCCUGAAGCAGUAGGGAUUCACAGAUUCAACAGAGACAACCAAAAGGUUUCUGGUUUUCCAAAGGAGGUGGAAAUACGAGCAUUGAUUGAAGGGCAGUUCAUGGCCAAGAGAAUUCAUGCUGAAAAGCUGGGAUAUAGAGUCAUGCCCAGAACAAGGAUUUUGGCUACUGGUGGUGCAUCCCACAAUAAAAAGAUCUUGCAGGUCCUGUCUGACGUGUUCAACGCGCCGGUGUACACCAUCGAUACCGCCAACUCUGCUUGUUUAGGAAGUGCUUACAGAGCAAUUCAUGGGCUUGUAGCUGAGACGGAUGUGUCCUUGGCUGAUGUUGUGAAAUUAGCACCAGAGCCUAGAUUGGCUGUUACUCCAACUGCUGGGGCUAAGGAGGUCUAUCAUCCACUUCUGAAAAGAUAUGCUGAGCUUGAACAGAAGGUUAUCUACAACCCAAGCUCUUCUUGUCUUGUGAAAUAG